AUGGACGAAGAAGACAGCGACAACGACUUCGAUUUUGAGCAGUUCCUGUUGGCGGAGCAAGUGCGCAAGUAUUACUAUCGGGGCUUCUAUCCUGUUGGGAUCUUUGUGAUUUGGACCCUCCUACGCGCGAAUUGCUAUGAUUUGAGCGGAUGUGAUCGUCUGGGCAACCCGCCCAUUGUGUACGCUAGUAAACUACGUGAAACUGCACUCAUCGUGGGGUGCCGCAACAAGCGGAUGCGGGCGAUCAAACUACUCCUUAAACGAGUGAUUCAUGAACGCAUCGAUAUGGUGAAGCUUUUGUUGCGCUACAACGCUUCCGUCACCACGGAUUGCUACACCGCUGGCUCCGCGUUGGAUAUUGCGAAACGAGGCACAUCUGAGCGCCAUGCGAUCAUUCUAGAAGAACUCGAGAAAAAACUAGUCACUGAGCGUGAGGCUCUGGAGAUUGAAAUCGCCAAGGAAAAGGGUGAAGACGCAAUUGCAGAGAUUGAGGAAUACCGGAGAACUCGCCAAGCCAAGGAAGAAGCCAAAGCAGAGGCCAAAACAUCCAAUCCAAUAGAGCAAACCACACCAAAGGCGUCGAAAAGAUCCCAGCAGUCUCGACGGCGAAUCCUCGCGGGCGAAUCGGUUGGCACUCGGUUGCCCACCCUUCCUGUAGAGCAGGUCGCGUGGAAAUCCCUGGAAAGCAGCAGCGACAGCAGCAGCGACUGGAUAAAAUCCGCGACGGGCAAGUGGCAGACUCGCCAGCAUCUGCUGGAGUCGGGGGCCUCCGUCGUCUCCACCACUGCGACAACCAUGGUUGAGGCAUUCGCACCUGACCAAGUAACAGUCCGCAAACUUCUCACGAGCGAGGGCAAGUGGCAAGCCUUCAUGCGCCAGCAUAUGCCACAUGCUGGAGCCCAAGCGCCAGCCCAGCUGACCGUCGAGGAUCUGGACUGA